AUGCUCUCCAAGAUCAUGAUGCUGGGCCUCGUGGCCCAGCAGUGCGUUGCGCAGUCCAUGAUCCGCUUCGGCUGCUCGCAACUCGUCAUUGAGCGUCUCGACCCUCUCGUCAACCCAGGCAUCGUCGGCUCUCCGCACGUGCACCAGAUCGUCGGUGGCAACUCGUUCACGGCCAACAUGGACCCGGCCGCACACGACCUUGUCAAGAACUCGACCUGCACCAGCUGCACGUUCGCCGAGGACUUCUCCAACUACUGGACCGCCGUACUGUACUUCCGUGCUCGCAACGGUACCUACAAGCGCGUCCCCCAGUUCCCCAACGUAGGGCUCCGCGGCGACGGCGGCAUCACAGUCUAUUACAUCCCGCCCUACGACGGCAAGACCAACGUAACGGCAUUCAAACCUGGCUUCCGUAUGCUUGUGGGCGACGCUGCCCUGAAGUCGGGCAAGGACCAGCAGCGGCAGCUCUGCCAUCGUUGCCUCGGUGCCGGCUAUGACCAGGGCGGCGCCCCGUGCACAUCGGCAGUAGAUACCAAGGAGUUGCCGAAAGGGUUCUGCAAGGGAGGCAUACGCACGACCAUCACUUUUCCCACCUGCUGGGAUGGUGUGAACACCGACAGUCCUGAUCAUAAGAGCCAUGUCGCGUACCCGGCUAAAGGCACAUUCGAAUCCGUAGGCGAAUGCCCAUCGAGCCAUCCCGUCCGGCUGCCUCAGAUUAUGUACGAGGUUAUGUGGGAUUUCAAUGACCGUGAACUCUGGCCUGAAGAUGGCUCCCAGCCAUUUGUGUGGAGCACAGGAGACAGUACUGGUUUCACCCAGCACGGCGAUUAUGUUUUCGGUUGGAAGGGUGAUUCGCUCCAGCGUGCUCUCAAUGCUCGCUGCAACAAUGCAGUCUGCGCCGAGCUCAAGACUCAAACCUCGGAAGAAGCGAUGAAGUGUACUCUGCCCCAGAGAGCAGUGGAGAAUGUAGAUGGAUGGCUGGAGCAAAUUCCUGGAGGGGCCAUGGUUGAUAUGCCCAGCAGCCAGUAG